AUGUUUUCUAUUUUGAUACUAAGCAUAUUGUCAUGCAAGUAAAGUUUCUUUAUAUUAUGCAAGCUUGAAGAUUGCAAAAUCAUCUUGCGAUGUCUUUGACAUAAUAACAUCUGCUGAAAAUGAUCCAAGAAUGAUAUUUUAAGAUCUUUCUGAUGAAGUUAAUAAAGAUUAUUCUUGGGGAGUAUGGACAAAAUAUUUGUCUAAAUAUGAGGCAAUCGAGGAUUUAAAAUUGAAAACAAUUAAAAUGCAUGUACUAUCAGAAAGUUUUGAAAAAAAGAAUUAAUUAGUUUAUUUUAUAGUUUUAGAUAGAGAGGAGUUAUAUAUAUAUCAUUAGUUAUUCAUUUAUUAGAACAAUAAUAUUGAGAUAAGAGAAUUGAAAGUUGAUUAAGAAUUAAUUAAAGACAAUUGGACUUUUUUCUAUUUUUGUUAUUCAUAGACAUCUUAAAUUUAUAAUAUAUUUCUUUAUAUUAAUGAGGAUCGAGAAAAUGUUUAGAUGAUUUCAGGAGGACCUUUUUAGAUUGAAAAUGAUGGAUUAAAAAUAUAUUAAUUGGGUGGAACAUAAUAAUUAAAAUAUUAGAUUUCAAUAUUAUUGGAAGAAUAGAUUAAUUUGAGUUUAUUUUCAGGGGAAAUAACAGAUAUGGAUUUAAGAAUUGGGUAUUCUAAUUUUUAUGAGGAUAUCCCAACUUUUUUAGCAAAUAUUGAAGAUGCUAAUUGUAAAAAAUAAUAUUGUACAAAUGCAAUAAUAAGAGAAUUAGUAUUAGGAAAAUAAUUUUUGAGUGAAUAAGAGAAAAUAUCAGUAUCUUAUUUAGAUUAAAAGUUUAUGAUUUAUGGUUGGGUGAAAUUAUAAGAGUUAGAAAAUGUAAAAUAUAAAUAGAUAUGAUUAGUUAUCAACAGUAUCAUCAGUUUUAAUGAGAGCUAGCUUAAGAAAGACAUAUUUUAAUGAUUUAUAUUAAGGAGAUAAAGCUAUAUAUUGGGAAUAUCUAUAAAGUACUUAAAAUAAUGAAUAAAAUGGAUUUACUUUUACAACUUAUCAUAAUGAUCCAUUGAAACCAUUAUCAAAUUAUUAAUCUCUUGAUAGUGAUUCAUGGGUAAUAAGAGGAUAAUAUUAUUAAUAAGCUAUAACAUUUUGGCAUUGGUUUGUAUAUUAAGAAGGAAUUAAUGAAUUAAAUAAUAUUAAAUUGUAAAUUUAUUUCGGUUCAAAUCAAUAAACGAAAACUUUUAAAAUGAGAUAAAAUCAUUUUGAAAAAUCCUCUUUGCAUUUUACAAUUGGUGGAGAUAAAUUUAAUAAAAAUUUUAGAGGAGAAAUUCGUAAUUUAACUAUUUACUAUUGCUACAGCGCAGAUACUCCUAAAACUAGAUGUAAAUAAUUGAUAUUAUCAUUAGUUUGUCAUUAUAGUUGUAAAAACUGUUUUGGACCUGAAUAAAGCUAAUGUCUUGAAUGUGAUAAUUCAGCAAGAACUUUGAACAAAGGAGAAUGUAAAUGUUAAUAGGGAUUUAUUGAUAAUAAAGAAAAAGGAUGUUAAUGUAAUUAUUUAUUAUUUAAAACAAUAGCUAUUGCAUCAUUAGUUAAAAUAGAGAUAUAAGAAGCUAAAUAUUUAGAUACAACAAAUUGUAAAUUAGGAGAAUUUAUAGUAUAACUUUUAGGCAAAUAUUAUUGUUUACCAUGUCCUGGAUAAUAUACUCCUUGGAGUUUGAAUUGUGUUGAAUGUAUAGCAGAUCCUAAAAAUUGGUAUUUAAAUCCAAUUUGUAAAAGUGACUACUUUUAACCAUUAUAAGAUAAAAGUGAUUAUGUUUUUUUAGAAAUAUAACGCAACUAAAUUGAUUACCAAUACUAUUUGAUCAAUUAACUAAAUAUUUAUGAACAACCAAAUGUAGAACUUUGUUAAGGAUGCUUGGAAUAAACAUCUACUAAUUUUAAUUUUAUUGAAAACUAUUAAUUAAAUGUCCUAUCCAGAUUUGCAUGUAAAACAUGUUAUUCUGUUAUUAAUGGUUAAUGCAUUAACAUUAAUUAAAACUGUCUUAAUUGUGAUUCCUAAUUUUAAUGUUAAAAAUGUUUUGAAAAUUUUACAUUUUUUGAUGGUCAUUGUUAUUAAUGUCCGAACUAUUGUCCUGAUUGUAAAUAUAAUAAAACAGGACUCUAUUGUUAAAGUUGUAUUUCUGGAUAUUUUUAUAAUUCAACCAUAGAAUAAUGUAUUUAAUGUGGUUAAUAUUGCUCUGUUUGUAUUUAUAAUUAAAACUUACCUUACUUAUAAUGUAUAAAAUGUAUCGAUGAAAAAGAAUAUUUUAUAUCUGCAGAUAGAUAAAUGUGUAGAGAAAAAAAUUUAGAGCACUGCGUCAUUUAAGGAGAAGAAUAUGUAAAUGAUGAUUACACCAAUUUUACAGAUAAAACUUAAAAUUAUCCUUAUGGAUCAACAAUCGAUAUUGAAUCCUAUUUACCAUCUUAAGAUACAAUUUAAGUUUGUUUUUUGUGUGAGGAUUAAUAUGUUAAUAAAUUAAUCUUAUUUUCCUCAAAUGAAUGUGUUCAUGCGAGCGAUACAAGUAAAUUACCAGAUUUAAAUGAUGAACUGAGAAAUCAAGUAUUAGCUUCUGAAAAUUAUUAAUAUUAAUUGGCAUUUUCAGAUAAGUCUAGUUUAGAAACAAAGUAUACAGUAAUUUAUGGUAAACCAACUAAAAUAAUGAUUUCUAAUUAUUCAAAUACAUCGUCUGAAAUUUUAUAUAAUUAUAGUAGUGUUGUACUAUCAAAAAAUUAUCUUUAUGAAGAUCCUUUACUUUACUGUGAAGACCCACAUUGUAUAGACUGCAUAAAAAAUUAUGUUUGGUCAUAAGAGUUUUGUGUAAAAUGUUAAAAUGGUUACUAUGCAAGUUUUUUUACAGGUCUUUGUUAUUUAUGCUAAGAUGAUUGUUAAGAAUGUUUAUUAUAGCAUCAAACUUAUAAGGAUGCAUGGAAAUGGUAAAUUAUACCUUAUUAUCAGUUCAGAAACAAUAUAUUUUAUAGUUUCCAUAACUUUAAUUUAUAUUGUGUUUCUACUGAUAAUACAAAGUAUGAAUAAAUAUGUACAAAAUGCAAAGGUAAAGAUGCCUUGCAUGAUGGUAAAUGUUAUAAAGAUUGUAAUUGUGAUGAAUGUAUAUUCCAAAAUGGUUAAAAUAAAUGUUUAAGAUGUAAAGAUUCUAAGACUUACAUUAAUGGUGAAUGUGUUUUAUGUCCUAAUUAUUGUGAUGUGUGUAAAUAAUUAACAAACUAAGAAAUUAAAUAAAUUAAUCCAUAUUUUGACCCUAAGGAUAUAUCAUUAUAUAGAUUUGCGAAAUAAUGUUUAAAAUAAUCAAAUGCUCCUCCUGUUAAUGGUUUUAUAUAUCAUGAUGCUAGUUUAGGAUUAGAAGUUAAUUGUUUGAAUGUUGAAACUCAACCAUGUUAUAAAUUUGCAGAAAAAAUACUUAAUGUCUAUUGUGAUGAUAAUAAAUUUUAUUCAGAUUAUUCUUUACUUAUAGAUGAAAAUGAUUAAUUUCAAUUCUUAGACUAAAAUAUUCGUUUAAAUGAAAUCUUUUCAAUAUAAUCUUCAUCUCAUUUUUCUAAUUAAGAAAUUGAUCUCUUAUUUGAAUAAUUUAAUGAUAAAAGUGUUAAAUUAAUGAAAUAUAUAUUAAAGAUUAAAUAAAACACUGGAUUAUGUAAAAUCUAGAAUAAUGUAUUUGUUUAAUCAAACUUAAGGAAAAAUGUUUUUAUGCUUUAAUCUUUAGAACUUAUAUUAGAAUCUUAAUUAGAUAUUCCAAUUUAUUUUGGAAACAAUGUUACAUUUCAAGAAUUUACGUCAAUUACUUUUAAAAAUAUACUUUUGGAUUCACUUUAAGGAACCAUACAGAUUUUCUGCUAAAAUUUUUAAGAUAUUAAAUUUACUUUAUACAAUUUUUAGGUAAUUAAUGGUGAUAACUUAUAAUUACAAUUUGUCUUACAAAACCCAGCUGAAAUAAAUCUCGAAAAAGUAGGUUUGAAAAAUACAAAAUUCGUGAAUACUAAUGGAUUCAUAAGCUAUUUUUUUACUAAACCAAAAUUAGUUUAAUAAUUAGUUAUUUCGAUCAAUGACUUUGUUAUUUAAGAUUCUCAACUAUUAAAUACACAUAUCAUUAUUUAAAAUUUAAAUACUAAUUAUGGGAAUUAGUUAUUGAAAAUACAUAAUUUAAAAUCUUUAAAUAAUAAUUAUACAAAUUCUUAAUUAAUAUAUACAAGUUUUUUAAAUUAAAUUCGACAAUCUGAAAUUAUUAUUUAAAAUUUUAUUUCAGAUACUGAUUAAUAAACUUAAUCAAGCUUUUUUAUCUUGAAUGGUGCUUUAAGUGUAUAAAUGAAUAACACUAUAAUACAGAAUGGAAAAUAUCAUAAAUAAGCAAUUUUAUUUAAAUUGCCUUUAUUCAAGAUUUAUAAUUUGAAUAUCACAGACAACAUUUUCCUUAGUUUUGAUAAUUGUGUUCUCACAAAUAUUUUAGAUUCUUUAUAUGCUGAUAAUAUAUUAGAAAAUACAUUAAUUUUAAAUGAUAUCUAUUUUACAAGAAAUUCUUAUGUAGGAAGUAAUGUCUUUUUUUAAUUGAUAAAUAGUAAUAAUUUUAAAAAUUUGAACAUUGAAAUUGAUUAAUUGAUCUUAGAUUCAAAUUAAUUUAAAAUUUUAGGAAAAAUUAAUGGUCCAAUAAUUGCUUCUAAUGCCUCAAUUUAUUUAGAUGCUAAGAAAUUAUUUUUAAAAAAUAUUAAGAUUAUUCGUUCCUUUAAUUUACCUGAGUUUUCAAUAAAUAAUGCUGAUCUAGUUGAAGUAUCUAUAUUCAAUAUAACUUUAAGUAAACAUUAUCUAUUUAAACCUAUCCAUUCAUUAUAAUCUUGCUUAAAUACAAGUUUAGAAAAUGGAUAUGGAAGCAUUAUUUUAUUUUAUAAUAUAAAAAAACUUAUAUUUAGAAAUGCUUUAUUGAAAAAUUUAAUAACAAUAAAUUCUCCUUUAAUAAUAAUAAAAUCUAUAGAGAGAACAAACUUUAGAGUCUAAGAAUUCAUUAGUAUUAUUGAUCAUAUUUAUCUUAACAAUAGUUUAAUUACAACAAGAUAAUCUGAAGAAGUUGCUAUUUUAAGUAUUGUUUCUUAAUAAGAACAAACUAUAAAUCUAAAUGGUAUAGUUGCUAAGAAUAAUAUGUUACAUUGUUAUUAAGAAGAUCAAAAGCUUAGAUAAUCUUCAACAAUUUUGGUAGUGAAUCCAUACUCAUUUAUCGAUCUUUAAGAUUCGAUUUUUUCUGAAAAUAUAGUCACAGCUAGUCUUGGUUCAAAUCUAAUUAUUUUUAGCAGAUCUUUAAUAUUAUAAAAUACUCAAUUUUAUGAAUAAAAUAUUUUGAAAUUUGAGAAUCUAAAAGAUAAAUUGAUUUGGGGUUAUUCAGAAGAUGAAUAAAUAUACUUUGAACAUUUAUAAAAUGAAUUUCCAAUCAAAUCAAAAGGUGGAAAUGGAUUUUUAUCUGCAGAAGAAAUAUAUAUAAUAAAUAUUACAACUAAUAAUUCUAUGGCAUUACAAGGUGGGUCAUUUUAUUUAUUUACUGUCUCAAAUGGAAUUGUUAAAAUUACAAAUUCAAGUUUUAUUUAGAGUCAAUCUAAUUUAUUAUAUCAAGAUAAAUCAUAAGGUGGAACAUUAUUUCUAGAUGCAUCCUAAUCUAUGUUAAAUUUUUAAUUAUCAAAUUGUUUGAUUUCUGGAAGUUCAAGUAGAAAAGAAGGAGGAGUAAUUUUUAUUGAACCAUCUAGAAAUUAAAAUUUAAUAGUUUUUGAUUAAAAUAUUGUAUAAGAAAUCUAUUCCCUCUAUUAUGCUUUCCUUAAACUACCUAUUCAAUUCACUAGUAAGACUUUAGUACUUAAUAUUAAGAUAAUUAAAACAUAUAUUUAAAAUUCUUAUUAAGGAUUUCUUUUAUUUUAUGGGAAGGUACGUGAAUUAACUAAAAAUGAAAUCUCAAAUGCCUACCAAAACUUCUUAAUAUCAAUUGAAGGUGGCAAAAUAAUUUUUGAAGAUGUUUAUUUUAGUAAUAUCUUUUAAUAUGGUAUUAUGAAUGUUAAAAAUGCUCAUUAAAUUUUUAUGACUAAUGUUACUAUAUCAUUUAUAACAUUAAUAAAUGAUAAUUUAAUUCUUAUUAACUAAAAUACAAGUAAAUUUUAUUUAUUAUAAUUUAGAAUAUGAGACUUCAAUAAAAUUUACAAAUGUUUAAUUUGAAUCAAUUAAUGAAUAUUCAAUAUCUUUAUCCAAUCCAGAAAUACCAUCAACUUCAUUAUAAGUGAAAACCAAUAAAUGUUUAUAGAAUUCUAAAGCUCCUAAAGGAAUAAAAGAAUUUUAUGAUUAAAAGCAACUAGAAUUAUAAUCAAAUUACAAUUUAUACAGUAUUUUAGCAGAAAAUAAAAAACCUUCAUUUAUAAUUGGAAUUAAUUCAGUUUCAAGUAACCAUAAAUUGUUUUUUGAUCAAUUAAAGUUUAAUUCUAUAAAUUGUCAAAGUUGUAAGGAAGGAAUCUUUUAAAUUAUAAAUAUAGACGGAGGAAAUAAAAAUAAAAAUUUAAUUUACUUUAAAUCUUUAAAUUUGUUCAAAAAUUAAUGUGGAUUAUUAGGUUGCUUAUUUUUAUGUAAUUAAGACAAAAAAUCUAUAAAAUUGUUUUCAUCAGAAGUAAAUAAGAAUAGACAAUUAGCAGAUACUUCAUAAUUAAGUGAAUUAACAAUUUUCCCAAUAAAAAUUGAAGAAAGCAAAUUUUAUAACAACGAAGCCUCUUUUGGAGGAGCCUUAAUAAUAUCAGGAGUAAGUAGUUAAAUUAAUCAUUGUUAAUUUACUAAUAAUACUGCUAAUAUUUCAGGUGGAAGUAUUUAUUUUGAUUACAAAGUGAAUUCAUAAUUUUUAAUUUUUAAUUCAAUUUUUGCAGAUAAUAGAGCAAAAAUUGGUGGAGCAAUUUUUUUAGGAAAUUAUUCAUUUAAUUCUCCAAAAAUUUUGAAUAAUUCUUUUUUUAAUAAUUAAGCAUCAAUUUUUGGAAAAAAUCUCGCAGAUUAACCAAUAAAAUUAGUAUUAUAAAUUGGAUAAAAAAUAAUAGAAACAGUUAAUGUAAUUUCAGAUAUAAAUAAUAUAACAGAUAUAAUAAAAGUUAGUUAAUAUUAAAUUGGUGAUUUUAAUUAUGAUUAUAUAAUGAUUCCAAGUGGAUAAUCAAUAGGGAAUUAUUAGAUUUUUGAUGAAAAAGAAUAAUAAUUUAUUCCUUAUAAUUUUAGUUUUAGAAUAGUUCCAAUAAAUAAAGAAAAUGGUUAAGUUUAGGCAUUAUAUGACAGUAAGUGUAGUAUAAAAGGAAGAUAAGUAAUAAAUAAUACAAAAGGAGAAUUUGAUGAAAAUUAUGUUAGUUUUAGAGAGAGUAUUUUUAAUUAGAGUAGUUAGGAUUACAAUUUAGAUGAGUUGAUUAUAACAUUUGAUCCUGAUUUAAAUAGUUUAGGAUAUCUUUAAUUAGAAAUAAUGUGUGAUUCAAUAAAGAUACCAUAAUUUUCUGAAGAUCCUCCUUAUUAAUUCAUGAAUUAUUUUACAAAUUAUAGAUUAUGGAUAGAUUUACAAACAUUUAAUUGUUAAAGAGGUGAAUAUAAGACAGAUGAUGGUAAAUGUAAAUUAUGUGAAUCUUCAUAAGAUUAAUAUACUGUUUUAGCAGGUUAAAGAUGUAAAAUAAAAGAUUAAAUAAAAAUGGAGAAUGUUACUCCAGCAAGAAUAAUGUUGAGACCAGAAUAUUGGAGACCAUCAGAAAGUAAUGAGAUUAUUGAAUAUUGUAUAAAUUUACCUGAGAAUUGUAUUGGAGGUUGGGAUCCUGGAGAUGAUCUUUGUGAUUAUGCACAUAUUGGAGCACUUUGUGAAUAGUGUGAUAUUUAUAAUAUAAGAGGAUAAGGUUCCUUUUCUGUUACUACAUAAUAUAAGUGUGGCAGCUGUUAAGAUGUUGGUGAUAAUACUAUUAAGAUUAUUUUAAUUAGUUUAUGGACUAUGAUUUCAAUAUUCUUAUCUGUCAGAGGUACAAUUUAAGGAGUUGAAAAAAUGAUUGCGUAACAUAAAAUGAAUAGAUUUAAAUCGUUUUAAUAUGAUUAAAAAGCAGGAUAUGGAGGAGUCUUAAUUAAAGUUCUUACUAAUUAUCUCUAAAUUAUAGGAGCUGUUACUCUAUUUUAACUAGAAUUACCUAGUGCUCUUCAAUCUUCUAUUAGAUCAGUUGGAAAUCCUGUUGAAGCCAUGAGUUAUUCAUUAGAUUGUUUUUUGGCUACUAUUACAGAUAUCAAUAUUAUCUAUUUUAGAAUGAUCUGGGCUUUAAUUAUGCCUCUAUUUUAUAUUUUGGCAUUUGCUCUUAUAUAUUUUUUAGCUGUUAUAUUAAAUAUUACCUAAUCAAAUAAAAGUGCUAUUACUACUACUGCUAUUUAUUUAUUUACUUACUUAUAACCAACUUUAUUAGGUGGAUUCAUUUCCUUAUUAUCCUUUCGUCGUAUAUCUGAUAUUUACUGGGUUCAAGGAAAUGUUGCUUAUAAAUAUAUAACUACAUAACAUUUUAAAUGGGUUACAGGUUUUGUUCUUCCAUCCACUUUAAUUCUAGCCAUUUUUAUACCUAUUUAUAUGUUUCUUAGUUUGUAUUUCUAAAGAUUUUAAUUAGAAAAUGAAAAUACAAGAAAAAAUUGGGGUUAUUUAUAUAAUGAAUAUUAACAUAAAGCAUAUUUCUGGGAAAUAAUUAAAAUCUUUUAAAAAGGAUGUAUGAUCAUGUUCCUAACAUUUUAUGAAGAUUAAAUUAUUAUUAAAGGAGCAUUAAUAUUUAUGAUUGUUUUUAUUUAUAAAAUAUUAACUAAAUAAUUUCAACCUUUUAAAUUACCAUAUUUGAAUCUAUUAGAUGAGGCUUAAACUAUGAUUUGUGGAACAUCUAUUGUUAUAGGAAUGACCAUUUAUUAAGCUAAUAAAUCAGAUAAUUAAGAAAUUAUAUGGCCAUUUUAUAUUCUUUUAAUUGUAAUUAAUGCCAUCUUUAUUAUAAUUAUUGUUUGGGAAAUCUUAUGGGCUUAAAUAGAAGACAAUUAAGAUAAACUCGAUAAGUUUAGAGAUAAAAUUAAUAAGUAGUAUCCUUACUUAAAAAAGAAAAAUAUCUUAUUGAAUAGACUAUUAACAAAUAGAAGUGAAUAGUAAUAAAGGGUUAAAAAAAGAUACAUGAAAAUAAAGAAAUAUUUGAUGAAGAUUGUGCACCAACAUCCUGGAUUUUAUUAAUAACCAAUAGUUUCUUCUAGUAAUAAACAAAGCAAUAUCUAUCAAUCUUCUGAGUUUGUUUUUUAUCAUACUCCCCUAUCGAUUGAAAAUAAAAGUGCAUAAAAUUACCCUGGUUAUCCCAUGACAUAAAACAAAAUAUAUCCAGCCAUAGAUGUAAUUCUAAGAGAUAAUAAUAGUUCCUAAGAAUAAGAAUAAGAUAAUAUUUGA